CCGCCAAACACAAGGUUAGGCCACUGUCGCUGGAGGAAGCAGGCGUGUAUAAUCCCCCUUCGUUCAAAAUCUUCUUCAACUUACAUAACAAGAUCUUAAACCCACAACAUAACACGAAAAAAUAAAAAAAGAUCCUCCUAAUUCAAACCCUAAGUCCUUCUCCUCCACCGACUCGACUCGGCACGACUCAAAACUCUUUCUGAAUCUGAUGCAGUCAGUCCCUUUUUAUUUAUACUCUUCGCCUUGUGAUUGUGAAAGAAUAAAAUGAGUCCAAUGAAGCCAAUUCGUCUUCCGGAGCCACCCAGUCCCACUGUCAGCAAGGGAGGCUUGCCAGACAUUUUCGAAGGCGGUGUAUACGGCGUCGUUAGGCGGGCCGUCGUCAUCGGCAACGGCUUCCCGGUUUCCGAGAAUCAGUGCGUCGGUUUGGUUCGUGCACUUGGCCUUGCCGAUAAGCAUGUCUUAUAUAGGGUUACAAGACCAAAAGGAGGAAUAAAUGAGUGGCUUCACUGGCUGCCGGUUUCGCUUCAUAAAACAUUAGAUUACUUGCUCAGGAAGAUCUUUAGGCACAGAAUCACGCCUUUAGUCUCAGAAAAUGGUGGCAGUGUAGGAUUAUCUUCUGUUUUAGAAGCUGAUUCGAAGCAGAUUGUUACCAUGGCUCGUGAAACUUAUGAAAAGGAGGGUCCUUUAUUGGUCAUUGCUUCCGGCAGGGAUACCAUUUCAAUUGCAAGUUCUAUAAAACGAUUAGCAUCUGAAAAUGUCUUUGUUAUUCAGAUAAAUCAUCCAAGGACACAGUUGAAUCGGUUUGACCUGGUCAUUACCCCUCGUCAUGAUUAUUAUGCUUUGACUCCUGAAGGACAGGAGCAGGUUCCUCGAUUUCUUCGGAAGUGGAUAACUCCACAUGAACCUCCUGACAAGAAUGUGAUUCAGGUCCUCACAUUGGGUGCUCUGCAUCAAGUUGACUUUGCUGCACUUCGUAGUGCAGCUAGUGUGUGGCAUGAUGAGUUUGCACCUCUGCCAAAGCCCUUACUUGUGGUCAACAUUGGUUCAUCAUCAGGCUACUGUCGUUAUGGUGUGGACCUUGCAAAGCAUUUAACGGCCAAUUUGCUUCGUGUUAUUGUAAGCUGUGGAACUGUCAGAAUAUGUUUCUCUAAUAGGACUCCUGAAAAGGUAUCGAAUGUGAUUGUGAAAGAACUUGUAGAUAAUCCAAAAGUUUUCAUUUGGGAUGGUCAAGAGCCAGAUCCACACAUGGGCCAUCUAGCUUGGGCUGAUGCUUUUGUUGUCACAGCAGAUUCAGUCAGUAUGAUUAGUGAGGUUUGCAGCACUGGGAAGCCUGUGUAUGUUAUGGGAGCUGAGCAUUGUAGAUGGAAACUCGCAGACUUCCAUAAAUCUCUGAAGGAACGUGGAGUUGUCCGGCCAUUUACUGGUUCGGAAGAUAUAUCAGAGAGCUGGAGUUAUCCCCCUCUCAACGACACUGCAGAAGCAGCCCAUAAGGUGCACCAAGCACUAAUUGAGCGUGGAUGGAGACUACGGCCAUAAGCAACUGGUUAAUUCUUGUUGUACAUGCACAUUGUUCAUUCUAGUAUUGUUUAAAGGUGAAACUUUACAAUUAGGUCUGUCUGAUAGCACGUAUAGGGAUAUCUACAAACAUUGAUUUUUUAAAAUUGAAUUUUCCUCCCAUUCUGGGUAUUAUGAUGUGUAGAAUAAAAGGCUAUCUAUUUUUUUGUUCGGCUUGUAAAAAUAGGAGGAGAGCAGUCAAUUCUUUUUAAUCUCUUUGCCGCUGUAUUGAAGAUUUGUAAUGCCUUUUAAAAGGGCGGGUUUUGUCAUACAGUUUUUCUGAAGGUGCCUUCUCUAUUGAAACUGGUUUACAUAUAUUGUGUUUGAUUUUGUAAUUGCAGUGUCAAACUCUCAUUGUCGUUGGUGUAUUUUUAUAUUUUAUCAAUCUAUAAUAUUAAUCUUGUCGUGGUUGCAAUC